ACAGGGCAGGCAGGCGGAGUGCGCUUACCCCCUGGGCCGCAGGCUUUAUAAGCAGAGGCCCCUCCCCCAGGCCCUCUCCCUCUAUCUUUUUUUAAUUGAGUGACGGCGGAUGCCAGGAUGGGGGGAAUGGAAAAUCUGGCCAUCAGGAUCCCCUAUUUAUCAGGAGCAAGACAGGAAGCUGGCAGGUGGGGAUGGCUUGGCCCUCUCCCCGCACCCCGCACCAGUUCACACGUCUUCAUAUCUCUUCCUAAUCCUCCGCUCUCACUUUCUAUCCCUCACCUUUGUUUCCCACCGGACUUUCCCAGCAUCCUGGUGAGAUCAUGGAAGGGCCCCAGGGUGGGUAUCCUGAGAUUUUGGAGGAAAGCUCUCUCAGAGGUUUAAGCAGGAAAAGGCUUGUGCAGAAUGGGGCGGUUGCAAAGAGACCCGGGCCCAUUUGGUUGAGGAGAUUUGGGUUUAGGAAAGGAGGGUCCUGAGACAGGGCAGAGAAGUACCGCUAAUUGGGAAAGAAACUGUGAGUUGUUACUUAAAGGGAGUGGAUGCUGCUUCCGGUUAUGGGCACAUAAGGCAGUGUCAAAUCCACUGGGAGCCUCCAGGAGUAACAAUACUGAGAUUUAUUAAAUUGAGAGUUUUGAAAAUAGGCCAGGCAAUGAUGUUAGUGUUUUACAUGUGAAAUUGGACUUAAUGCUCUCCACAGCCCUGGCAGGCAAUGCAGAUUAUCCCCGUGUUACACAUGAGGAAACUGAGACUCACGGAAAGGUUAAGGGCCAUGCUUAUGGUCAUCAGCCCACAGCAGAGGCAGGGUUAAAACCCAGGCCAUUUGACACCAGAGGCCAAACAUUCAACCGCCAUGCAUGUUCCUUCCCAAUUGGUCCUUUAUUCAUUCAAUGAAUACUUAUUGAGCAUCUACUCUAUGCCAGGUGUUGUUUCAGGUACUGGGGAUAUGGCAAAGAACAAAACAAAGUCUUGCCUCACAGGGCUUGAGGGGUUUGGAUAAGUAGUAUCUAUGGUCUAUUUGGUGGUACUAAAGAGAAAAGUCGGGGAGGGGUAACACAGUGACAUGUUUUUAUAGGAUGGCCAGGGAAGAACUUUGAAAAGGAGGCAAUUGAGAAAAGAUCUGAAGAAGGUAAGGGAAAUAAUCAUAUGGAUAUCUAAGGGGAACAUGUUCCAAGGAGGAGAAGAGCAGGUGCAAAGAUCCUGAGGUGGAUGUAUUUGAGGAACAAGUAAGGACAUCGGUGUGGCUUGAGAGUCCUAGGAGAUGAGGCCAGAGAGAUAAAUGAGGAAUAAAUAGCUGGGGCCUUAGGCUGUUGUAAGGGCCUUGGCUUUUUCUCUAAGUGAGAUGGGAAGUCAUUGUCUUUGAACAGGUGAGAUGUGUGGUCUGAUAUAUUUUUAUAGGAUCACCCAGGCUGCUUUGUUGAGAAUAGAGAAAAGUGAGAAAGAGCAGAAGUCAAGGGACCAGCUAUAAGCCUAUCAACACUAAUGAGAGAUGACUGGGGCCCUUAGAAUAAUCCCUGAGCUGCAACAGCACAGGGAGGGAGCUGGAUGAUUUUUGCACUUCACAUGAUGCGUGCCUAGCUGGGGCCAAGGGUUUUCAUGUUUGGGGCAAUGCAGACACUCUAGGACAUUCUCAGGGCAACAGAAGGAUGGGGUCUGGGUCACCUAGAGUUUGAAAAUGAGGAACCUGAGAAAAAGGGGGAACCGGUCUGAACAUAGCUCCCAGUCGGGUUUGGUGGUGGGGAUGAGAAGGCAGAGGACCCUUUCCAUGGUCUGACUAGAGAAUAGGAGUCAGGAUAGUUCGGAGGAUUGGAGGCUCUCUCUUCCAGAGAGCUCUCAGCAGCAUGGCCCCUUGUGAGCGAGAUGUCCAGGUGUUCUGGUUUGCCCAGGACCAUCCCAGUUUAUAUUUGUUUUCCAGGCAUAAUUGCUACAAAUGCCCCUUUCACUCCCCAGGUGACCCAGUGUAGAACAAUCAACUACAUAUACGGUCAACCUACCUAUUAGGCUUAUUACUAAAAGCAUCCUAUCCAGAGGUAAUUUUUUUCAGGUAUUUUUCCAGGGGUGUAAGGCACAGGGUAGCGGUAGUAGUGCUUGUGUACACAAAGUAAAGGCAAUGAUAGCUUAUAAAUAGCCAACACACAGACACACAACAUUUAAAUGCAGAGAGUUUACUUCAUUCUUUUAUUUGAUCAGCAUUUAUCGAGGGCUUCUACGUGCCAGGCACUACAGUGGUAAACACCUAGGAGACAGAGAUAAAUAAGGUGCUGCCUCACCAGGAACAGCUCCCAGUCUUUAUAGCAUCUGGAGGUGUUCAGGCACGCAUGAUCGCCUGUGGUCCUCACACCAAUCUCACUCAGUUUGUGUGUGUGUGUGUGUGUAUUAUUGGCUUCAUUUUACAGGUUAGGGACCCUGCAGCUCAGAAAGGUGAAGUGAUUUGUAUAAGGUCACACAAGGAUUUAAGUCCAGGUCUUCUGAGCCUACAUUUUUAUUUCUAGGGCUGCACCCAGCAAGCUCUGAUGGCUGCAUCUCUAAAGCAUUAUGUCCCACUUGUGGUUGCAGCUGCUGUGAUGUGCUUGGAUCUAUGAAGGAAGAGAGUAAAAUGUCUUGCAAGGAGGAAAGUAGGGAGGAGAGAUCCUUUCCCCUGUUGGAAAGACUUCCUUCUUGAGAGUAGAUUCCUAUAUUUUGGCUGCUGUGUAUAACCCUGGAUUGGGAGAGGAAAAAAAACCCAUGUUCAUAUCCCCAUCUCAGCCUUUGAUUCACUGUGUGAUCUUGGCCAACUCACUUAGCAUCUCUGGGCCUCAGUGUUCCUGCCUGUGAUGCAAGCUGAGUUAUUACUGUCUAUUCCAGGAUGGUCAAAGACAUGAAACUGAGGAAGCAGGACUGUCUCCCAAAGACUUGCAGGGUGGAAGAGUGUAGAAGAAAUGAUCCGACUCUGGGUGAUGUUGGGAGAUGGUGCAGAGCUGGUCCCCAAGCUGGUCCUCUCUGAAGAGGUGACCCCUCGCUCCUACCAGAUCCACGUACAGCUUUACCUUUGGCACUUGGGAGAGCGUCCUGACCCUCCCUGGACUGACGACUGACAGCUUCCUUUUCCACUACUCCUUUCCAGCCCCUCCUCCCCGCUUCCCUGGAGGGCCUCUGACUUGCUCUGGCUAUUUAUGGCACCUCCUGGGGGCCCGAAUUCCUGCCUGGUCCCUGGCUCUCCUUUCCAAGUCUGACCAGUUUUCCCCGCUGGCCCCAGAGUGCAGCAGCUAAUCUGGGGGAUCAGGUGCCAGGAGCUGGACUCCUCCUCCUGCAGCUGCCACCAUACUCUUUUUAGUACAGGCGCUCCCCACCCCCUGCGUUAACACUGCUGGGUAGGUUUAUAUCAGUACGCCCGUUCUGCAGAGGAGGAAACUGGGAAAUAAGGUAUCUACUUAUUUCCGUGGGGUCAGGGGGGUGCUGGGAUUUGAACGCAAGUCUGUCAGCCUCCAAGUUACAUGCUUUUCCCAUUGUGUUAUGCUGCCUGGAAUUCAGUAACAGUGAGAACUGACACCAGCUCAGCCCCUACUCAGGGACUGACACUGCUCUGAGCAGGUCACAUAAAUUAAUUCAUUCACUCCUCAUCAGAAUAUUGGGGUAGGUAUUAUUAUUAUACUCAUUUUAUUGGUGAGGAAAUUGAGAUCAGAGAGGUUAAGUGACUUGCUCAAGGUCACCCAGCUAGUGAGAGUAGAACUGUGUGUCUUUAGAGUCUUAACUCCUGCACCAUUCAGUCCCUACUGCUCCCAGGACCCCUGAGGCUAGGCUCUCAGGGAGGAGGGCAAGAAGGGGAUUAGGGGAGAGGGAGUUCUUGCAGGGAGAUUGGGCUCUGGAAGCAGUUGGUAUAUGAAGGGGUGUGUGUGUGUGUGUGUGUGUGUGUGUGUGUGUGUGUGUGUGUGUAGGGGGUAUAGGUAUGGAGACACCAGGCAGCUGGUGAGUGGGGAUGGAAACAGAAAAGGGAAUUUUCCCAACCUGUCUCUGUAGCCCUAGCCCUAGCCCCUUUCUGUGCGGUGGAGGUGGCUGGAAUGAGAAGGAUUAAGCCCAGGGUAUGCUGUGGCCUGCCUCUCCCUGUCCCAUUUCCCACGCUUGUUUCAGAAAGCAUUCAGAGGUUCUGGGAGGUGGCUGGGGAGGAGGGGACAGGGUCAGGUUCGGGUACUCCUUGGGUCUCGGCCUGAUGCCAAGCUGCCCUCACUGGGAAGGGAGUAGAGAGGCCAGCUGGAGGCUGGUGGAAAAUAGCAGCCUCACCAGGGGAAGGUUUAAAUUCUCACCCUAUGAAAGAAGACACCUCGGGAGCCCGUUGUGGGUGCUUUAUGUGCAGGGACAGCUGGGACCCCAACAGCACGUUGCCCCAGAGACCCAGCCUGGGAGUGCCUGCCCCUCAGUCACUACUGAGACGAGGUACACAAACAACGGGCCACGAGUACCAGGCACCCCGCUGGCAGGCAGGAGCCUGCCCCGGUCGGCAAGUGCUCUGUUGACAUAAACACAGGGGUGUCCAGAGCCUUGGCGGGAUGCGGGGAGAGGGCCACGGGUCUCCUAGAGUCUGAGGCUGGGAUGGGAGGAGGCCAGAGUUUCCAAUCGCCUCCUGUGCGGGUCACCAUGCUUGGCUUGCCAUGCAGGACACACUACCCUGUGGGAGAAUGGUGACACCUGGAACUUUAGUCCUGGUCACCAUGGUCUUCCAUUCUAGAGGCCACUCCUGGCACCACCUGGCUCCCAUGGUUGGAGUCUUUGAGGAAAAUGGUCUGAUAAGAAUCAUGGCCAUUAAGUUGACUAAUAGUGUUCCCCUUUGAAGGGAUGUUUGCCGGGUCGAAGAACCUACUGGGAGAAAGUGAUGAAUUUAAUAAUCAACUUUUGAGAGGAGAUUUUCAGCCCGUAGAAAUGUGUUGGAGUAGGUGCAGGUGGAGGGGGUAGGGCUUUUCAGGUGAUCUCCUGAGCAAAUCAUUUCUAAAUGGGCUGGGGGACUUGGAGAUAGACACUAGAGGACAAAUGAGGCCAAAUAGCUACUGUUGUGUCUGGCGUGACACAGAGGGGUUCUCCUGGCUUGCGUGCUAGAAGGGGGGCCUCCGUGAUGAAGGGUCCUUGAAGCUAGGCAAGAGCCAGGGGCCUUGGUGGACUCUGCUUGAGGAUGAAAGGGGGGGUCCAGAUCCGAGGGGACCCUGACUAAAGUCAGGCUUUGUUUAGAUGGGUCACCUGUGCAUCACUAAUGAGGAUCAGCAAUAAAUCUUUAAAACAAAAGGUUCUUAUGCUUGUUUUCUGGAACUACAAGGGAAGGGAACCCUGGGAAGACUUUGAAACUGGGCUUGGUGUGCAGGGGAACCCCAGGAGAUAGAGUGGAUGGUGGCCAUGACUUUGGAGCCCUGGCCGGGGCCUGACAGCACUCAGGGGCCUUACGCCUCCCAUAGGGCAUCACCUCUACCUGCCCAUAGGUAGGAGGGGCCGGAGAUGUGCAGAGAAAACACUGCUUGCACUCUGCCCCUCUCCCAGCCCAGCUGACCUUUGUCCACUAGAUAUACACCUACCAGUCUGCUCAUCUCACCUCACCCCUGUGUAUUCGCAUUCUGCAGACAUUGGCAAAGGGAGGAAAUUGAAGGGUUCAGGGGAGAAAGACGGCACCAGGAGACAGUAGACUGAGACAUAACCCUGUCUUCUGAGGUUGCUAUUUUGCAUGGUGCUGCUCCCCACCUCUCCAGACAUUGGUGAAGGGCUUGUCUCUCCCCUACCUUCCGAGUGAAUCACUUUCAGACACGAUGUGCCCAUUCAGAGGCAAGUGGAAAAACACUGCCCAAGGACAGAGACGCACACACAUGUGAUUUGGAUGGUGGACUCCUGGGCUGCAUCUGGCAAAGAGAGGAGACAGCUCCGACUCUAUUUAGGCACAGCUCUAGGUAACAAGAGAGGAGGGGCCAAGGGCAGCGUGUACUCCAGGCUGGGCUCAGAACUGGGAAGAGGGGUAGAGGAAAGGUAAGAGGAAAGGUGGGGAGGCUCGGGGAUUAGAGGUUCCCAUUCAGGAACCAAGGAGCUGGUGCUGAGGGGGAUUUUAAGAACGACUUUGGGGUCAGAGGAUGAGAGUUCCGGGUUGACCCAAGUCAAGCUUCCUUCUAGGGCCAAUAUCCAAAACUAGAGGCAUCUGGAUCCCUGGGCUUGUGGCAUCAGCUUGGCCUGGGGAGGUCUGAGUCAUAUGAUAGGCAUGGUGCAUCUUCUUGGAGGGCCAGUUUAACUUCUAGAAUUGGUAACAUAAAUGAAACUGGUAGCAUAUUUGUAAUGCCUACAUGAGAUGGUGACAUAAGGACAAUGACAGAUACUUCUGGGGUGUUCACUUGUUUAAGGUCACGCAGCGAUGGAGCAGCUGGGCACAUUUACUCUUCCCAGCAGUUCCCUGAGGUCCCUAUUUUACAGCUGAGGAGCAUGAAGCACAGACAGUGAAGUCAGUUACUCGUACCCAGUUACCAGUUAAUAAAUGACAGAGUCAGUAUCCAAGCCCAAGCUGGUCUGUCUCCAAGGCCAGAACUGCUAACCACUCAUUCCCCAAGCUGAUCUGAUUCCGUGGGUCUGGAACGAGGCUGGAGUCCCAGCCAUGCGCAAGUGCCCCACGUGGUCACUGGGCCACACUUGGAGAAGCACGGCAGCUCUUCUCAGUCUGCCUGCACAUUAGAACCACCUGAGAUGUUUCAAAAACUAUUAGGGCCCUUCCCUGCCCCCAAAAGAGGCUUUUUCAGUUGGUCCAGAGUGGGGUGCAGGUGUUAGUGGGCUGCUGGUCAGCACUUUCCUUUAAUAGAACAGUGUGUUCAUUUAUUCAGUCAAUCAUUUGAUCAACAAAGAUGUGUGAACACCUCUGUGCCCUGUGCUGCACUGGGGCUGGGGACACAAAGGUGGGUGGGGCACUGUGUGUGCCCUCCAGGAAGGCAGGUGACCGAUCUGCCCUGCUGGGCAGAGCACACCCUUUGUGGAGGCGGGAACAAUGCAGAUUCCUUCUCGCUAGUCCUCCCUUGGCGAGCUCCAGGAAGAGCCAGUCUCCUUCUCAAAUGAUGGUGUCCUCUGGCUGUUCCCCUCUGUGUGGUCCUUGGCCCCCACCUGAGAGGGCACAGUUGGUUCUAGGCGCAGAACUCAGCUCACAGAACCAAAGGCUGUCAAAGCAAAAUGGGCCCUGAGGGACCAUCCGUGCCUGGAGCUCUCAAAUUUUGGUGAGCGCAAGUGACAGAAGUGCUGGGAGCUUGUUAAAUCUAAAAAUGUAUGGAGCCCACCCCAAAAGUUCUGAUUCAGAAUCUGGGGUGGGGUCCAAGGAAUACACAUUUUUAAUAGGCUCCUGGCUGGCUCUGGGACACGCUCAGCAGUGGUCUCAGGUGGGCUGCACAUGAGGAGGUCCUGGGAGUUUUAAAAACACCAAGGCCCAGGCCCAUCCCUAGAGAGUCUGGUCGGUAUUUUUAAAAGCUCUUGCCGCAAGGCGCCUGGCCUUCCAGCUGGCCUUGUUUUAGGAUUUGGGGAGGGAGCCCUGUGGCAGUCACUCCUUGCCACCAUCCGGGCUUUGAAACAAGAGGAGUAGGAAACAAGAGGCAGGAAGAGACGAAAAGAAAAAAGCCAAUGAGAAGGUUUAGAAAGAGAGAAGGGUGGACAAGACACUCCUACUGAAAUCACUACAUCUCUUUUUUUUUUCAACAUUUUUUCGUAUAAUAAUAAUAAUGAAUUGAAGCAAAAACCCAAUAGUAUGAGUAUAUGAAAACAAAAAUAAAAAAUGAUCUAUAAUCUUACUUAUACAUUCAUAUGUAUCAGAUAAUGACAUAAGGUACUGGUAUAACAUAUAUAACCAUAUCAUGUAUUAUUGUAUAGUUAUUAGUAUAAUUAAUGUACUGAAUUAAUAAAAUAGAUGAAUUAAACAGAAUUAAUAUAACAUAUUUUGAUAUAUAAUACAUAAUAUAUAUUUGUAUUUACAUAUAAUACAUAGUAUAAAAUAUAUAACUUGACACCUGUAAUUGGUAUCCUUUUUGACUUUGCUUUUCUGUUUUCCUUUUAUGUAACUUUUCAAAUACAUUUUGUUUUUCAGGUAAUCAGUAAUCUAAGUCCUAAACUUCGGGGUCAGGUUUGGGAGGGCAUGUGAGUGGAGAUGGUGCGCCCGCCCUCCGAAUACGUGCAUUCACACCUUCAUUCACGUGUGCACACUCACACACAUGCAGACACACUCAUUCCGGCCCUGCCACCCUGGACAUCAUACCCUCAAAGUUCAUUAACAGGAUUUUAUUCAUUUAUACAAUUAAAUUAAUGCUUAUUAAUACAGAAUUUAUUAAUUUAUAUUAAGUAUAAAAUAAGUCUCCUCCCUUUUCCCCAUGUCUCUGAAUUCUAAUGGAUAGUGGCAGUGGAGGGCCCAGGACAGUGGCCACAAUGGGACGAGUCACCUGCGGGGACUUGUCAAUCCCUGGCCGCUUCCCCUGCUCCCCAGCCCCCGUGCCUCAGUUACUCUUCUCCCCCAUGGGCCGAGGCUGGUGGUCUGGACAAAGGCUGUCCCUUCACAGGUGAUAGGUGAUGGAUGUGAUCACAGUGAGCCAGGCCAGGUAGGGCAGCGGGAGCAGGGCAGCCAGUUUGUUGGUGGGGUGCCAGAUCAGUGCCAUGCUCACCACCAGCCCGAAGAGCAGCAGCAGGUGUGGCAGGGCCUGGGCAGAGGGCAGGGCAGUCAGGCAGGCUGCCCUGGGAAGUGGCCCUUGACCUUUCUGCAGCAUCCUGGACCCAGCGAGUCCAGUUCCUGGCACUCUGUGCACACCACAGGGGCUCAGAGAAGUCUGCCCAGCCGUUACUGCCUGCACCCGAUUGACCUGCCAUUCCAUCUGCUUCUGGGUCCUGGCAGCCCCCCAUUUCCCACGCUAUUCCAGUGCUGAGCCCUUGUGACUUUCCAGACCCAGGGAGUGGGCUAGGAAGAGAAUCAGGACAACCCAGCUGAUGGCGAGCUGCGCAGCAGAGAGGCCUAGAGGCAAGGCCAGGGCCCGCUCGAAGCCCCCUCCCAGGUCCUUCCACACCAGGUAGGAGGCAUAGCUGUGGAGAGAUGGUGGCAGAAACGCUCAGAAGAGAGUGUUUCCAUGGUAAAUGGAGGAAGCCCUCUGGCGUAAGGCAUUUUGGUUACCAAGAGGUAAUCCUCCUGGGCUGAAAAGGGGUAAGUGGGUCUAGGCUUCAUUUGAGGGCUGGGGCGGGGAAAGUGGUGGGAAGAAGUGGGCUUGGUGAUGUGGGGAGGGGAUGGAGAGACUGGGAGAGGGUGGAAGAAGACGGGCUGGAAUCCAAGGCAGGUACAGAGGGGACACAUCAGAGGAGGCAAGAUGAGGUACCAGCCCUUUGGAGGUCAGAAUGCAGCAGCAGUUCAGGGAUGGGAGACUUGUUCCCACCCCAUAGCAUGAGAAAUGGGUCCUCACCCUAUGACAGGGUAGAUGGUUGUCCACACAAGCAACAAAACCUUGUGGGAUGGGCACCAGGGCAGCUACUUCAGGCUGUUACACCAACCAGACGUCCAAUGAUGGGUGAACAGCCUGACCAGGGUGGGCCCUAGGAGUGCCAGGGCCAUGAAGAUGACCCCUUGAGGCCACAUUCUCCUCAAGGAGGCACAAUCUGGGGAGGCAGAGAACACACUAAUGGUAGCCUUCCCCUGGUCCUUUCCCUGUGUCUGCCCAUCUGUCUCCUUCUACCUGAGCCUUUGUAGGAGGUCUAGUCCUAGAGGCUGUGUUGGGCCAGCUCCCAUCCUGCUCCUCUGAGCCCACACCGCCUUUUCUGUUUUCCAUGCACUUCUUUUCUCCACACCACUCAUUUGGCACCGAGUAUACUGUCCAGUAUUGAUACCUGCUUCUUAGUGAAGACUCCUCUUCCCCAGCGUGUGUCUGACUCCUGGAUCUCAGGUCCAGCUAUGCCUGUCUUUUCUGCCUCCCACAGCAGGUGGCACUUGGCCAGGUACAUAGCAGGCCCUCGAUGGGACAGUGUCUUAGACUGAAUUCAACCAAGUUGCCAUAACCAACCUGGAAGAACCACGUUUGGAAGGCAGGAGCCAGAGAUCCCUGGGAGUCUUUUUUGGUCCAGAAUGGGCCAGCCCAUCUGCCCUGGCUUAUGUUGCUGUACCAGACUGGCAGACUACAGGAGCCCACCCCACCUGAGCACCUGCCCAAAUUCAAACUCAGCAGAGUGACACUACCUAGACUGGUAAGUCCACCGAUUUCUGGGAUCCUCGGCUGCUCCCUCACCUCGGCUGGACUUUGCCAAAGGACGGAGACAGACUCCCCCACCCCUGUUCAGGGCGGCUAGGAGGAGGACUCUGCCAGGAAGCGGGAAGCACCACUCCUGCCUGGAUUCCCCGCCCACCUCCACUUGUCUGCUGGCCUGGUGACGGGGUCUGGCUGACCUUUCUGUUUCUCAGCGACGGAACUACUGUUCCUGGACAAGCUGGCAGCCUCUGGGAGCCCCUACACGCCACUUUGGAAGCCAAGUCUCACCUCCGUGACCUUGAAAAGGCUCAUCUGGCACUGACUCCUUUUUUCCCCUGAGCCCUUGGCCUCUGCUGGCACAGGGGUGCAGGGGAUCUGGCAGCAUCAAGUGACCAGGCGGAUGUGCUCCCAUGAGAGUUCCCUCCAUCCCGCCCAGUUCCUACUGCUGGUGGGGGUUCCGGUGGCCAGUGCUGUCCUUCUGGCCCAGUGCCUUCGAUGGCGCUGUCCUCGCCGGCUGCUGGGUGCCUGCUGGAAGCUGGAGAGCCUGGAGGAACCAGUGUCCCAUCCCACUCCCCUGCCAGAAAAUGAGUCCUCCAGGCAGUUCCCACCAGCUACGCUGCAGGAGGUGGCCGCCUUCUACCAGGAACUGCACACACCCACCCAAGGCCAGACCGUCAUCCGCCAGCUGAUGCACAAGCUGCUGGUGUUUUCGGCUCGAGAGGUGGAUCACCGAGGCGGCUGCCUGAUGCUCCAGGAUACGGGCAUUUCCCUGCUUAUCCCACCAGGUGCUGUGUCUGUGGGACGCCAGGAGCGCGUGUCACUGAUCCUGGUGUGGGAUCUGUCAGACGCCCCGUCAUUGUCCCGAGCCCAGGGGCUGGUGAGCCCCGUGGUGGCGUGUGGCCCCCAUGGGGCCUCCUUCCUGAAGCCCUGCACCCUCACGUUCAAGCACUGUGCCCAGCAACCCAGCCACGCCCGCACCUACAGCAGCAACACGACCCUGCUGGACGCCAAGGCCUGGAAGCCCCUGGGGCGGCCAGGAGACCACACCUCCCGGGAUGAAUGUCGCAUCCUCCUCUCCCACUUCAGCCUCUACACCUGCGUGCUGGAGGCGCCGGUGGGCCGGGAAGCCCGCAAGUGGCUGCAGCUGGCCGUGUUCUGCUCGCCUCUGGCUCCGGGGCAGUCCCACCUGCAGCUGCGCGUCUACUUCCUCAACAACACGCCCUGUGCCCUGCAGUGGGCUGUGACCAACGAGCAGCCGCACGGCGGGCGCCUGCGUGGGCCCUGCCAGCUCUUCGAUUUCACCGGGGCCCAAGGGGACCAGUGCCUGAAACUCAAAUACAUCUCCGAGGGCUGGGAGAAUGUGGACGACAGCAGUUGCCAGCUGGUCCCCCAUCUGCACAUCUGGCAUGGAAAGUGCCCCUUCCGCUCCUUCUGCUUCCGCAGAAAAGCAGCCAGUGAGAACGAAGACUGCUCGGCACUGACCAAUGAGAUCAUCGUCACCAUGCACACCUUCCAGGAUGGUUUGGAGACCAAAUACAUGGAAAUCCUCAGAUUUCAAGCAUCAGAGGAGGAAUCCUGGACAGCGCCACCCCCUGUCACCCAGCCACCCCCAUGCAAUAGGCUGCCCCCAGAGCUCUUUGAGCGGCUGCAGAUGUUGCUGGAGCCCAACAGCAUCACAGGCAACGAUUGGCGCCGACUGGCCUCCCACCUGGGGCUCUGCGGUAUGAAAAUCCGGUUCCUGUCCUGCCAGCGCAGCCCCGCGGCAGCCAUCCUGGAGCUGUUCGAGGAGCAGAACGGCAGCCUGCAGGAGCUGCACUACCUCAUGACCAUCAUGGAGCGGCUGGACUGCGCCUCCGUCAUCCAGAGCUACCUGAGCGGGACGCAAAGCGGCAGCCCAGUCCCGGUCCGCGGGGGCGCCCAGGAGAACCAGGGCCUGGAGCUGGACGAGAAGUUCUGAGCGCCCUGCUGCGAGGCAGGGUGGGGCGCUGUCCACGGGGAGGCCGUGGGUGUGCCCCGACACGUAGGAAGAACACAGCAUCUGUUCCUGUCUGUGCCCACCGACCUCACUGGGAUCCUUAGACGGUGCCUGGGGCCACCGUGAGGCCUGAUGCCAUUGUUAGCCUCCCCGGGUCAGGACCACCGUUUUGGACCACUUCGUCCUGUGUGCAGAUCCCUUCCUGGCCAGCAGGGGGCGCAGGAGCCCAGGAGAUGGCCCCAGCGCGGUCAGCCUGUGGGAAACUAUUUAAUAGACCGAUGGACUAUUGCUGCCCUGUUGGCACUCCUUGGGGACUGGUGAGCCCACAAGUAUUCACUAAGCACUUAGUGAUACCUGGCAUUGGACUGAGUAUCAUGGAGAAUCCUGGAAUAUAUGGGCUUGGGUUUGGAGCCUUGGCAAGACCACAGUUCUCUUGUGGGAAUCAGGAUGAGCCCACAGGAGCUGAGGUGGAACUCUAAACCACAUGCCCUGUGGUCAGAAGAGUUGGAUGUGGUAUGAACUGCCCAUGCUUUAAACGUUGAGAAGGGAAGGAGUGGAUAUGGGCUGGAGCAGUGAGAAAGCCUCGUGGAGAAUGCUGGACAUGCAAAGAGUGGUUCAGAGAUCUUAAAGUUGGGGGAGCAGGGGAUGCUGAGUGGAUCACGGUAGGAGCUGAGUCUUCAUGGGGUGCUGAGGCUUGAAGGAGCCCAGCGCUGUGGGUGUGAGGUGAGGGAGGACAAAGGUUCAAGGCCAGAUCUGAAGAUGGGCAGUCAUACCUGGCUGUCCACCUGUCUCCUUUGCCUUCCUUGAUCUCUUUAUCCUCCCAUCCUUGCCUUGUCUUCCUUUCUCUCUGCCAUUAUCUCUGUCAAAAAACAUCAAAGCUGAAAAGAAACUUCAAGAUUAUGACUGUUGCCCAAACUUUUUAUCUCUUUAUCUUGAGAUUAAAACUGAAUUUUGAAGUCUCUCUGACUUCAUUUUGCUGUCACUGUCUCCUGCAGUAGCUCUAUCCCUGAAUCUCUCAGGCUCUCUGUUACCAUCUUUUCAUCUCUACCUAGUUACUGAACCUGCCCUUAUGUGUUUCUCUCUCUCUGCAACCCUCAGGCAUUCCCCCCCAAGGCAAGUGUCUCUAAACCAAUCUUAUGUAUCAAAAGCUACUGAAAGACACCGGUCUACCCUAGGAAUGGAUGGGUGGGGAUUCUACCCCAUGAAUCAAGAUCAAAUUUAGGGUCAGAAAAUAAAAGGUUAGGGAUUAAAGAACAGCCCUUUCAGUCAACAGUGAUUUAUUCAGCACCUACUAUGUGUUAGGCACUGUAUAGAAAAUAGAUCAAUAGGCUGGAUCCUGAAAAGAGAACAAAGGGUUUGACUCAACUCAAGCAAGGCUUUUGUUUGCAAACAGGUGUUGUUAAUUUUUUCAAGGGCAGACAAAUGAUCUCCCUGGCAACACUAACAGUUUGCUUCUGUAUUUAAUUAAAAAAAUACUAAAGCUUUUUCUGUGGUGAGCAAUAUUGUAUAAUAAAACACGAAAAUUGCUUUUCUUUGCUACUAA